AUGACAGUAUCUACAACAUCAGCACAGCAUCGUAAUAAUACUCAUCAACUUCAACACCGCCAUCAAUUAAAUCAUCCAUUACAACGUCGCAAUAAUCAUCAAUUACACCAUCCGAAUGGCCAUCAUCACCUUCAUAUUCAUAAUCAAAAAUUAAGCGAUACCGGAAUUCCCGUAUCCUUCAUUCUACAAGAACUUUAUCAUCUUUCGCCAAUUUUCUAUAACAACAAAUCAAAAUGUGCCAUUCAACUUCACAUCACUGGUCUUCCAAAAAUCUUUCACAUUCAUAAAGAAUAUCUUAUUUUUCAAUCAAUAUGUUUUCGUAAAAUUUUUGAAACAUUGUCUGGUGAUAUAAUUCAUCUUCAUGUUCCAAGCCCUGAAACAUUUGAAUGGUUAUUAGAAUACUUAUAUACAGGAAAUUCUGAUAAAUUAUAUGAUAGAUUAAGAUUAGAAAACUAUAAUAAAGUUUGGAAGAACGUUGAAUUUCUUGGCUUGGGAUCUGAUAAGCGGGAGAAUUUUCCGACGCUAUUACAAUCUCCUAUAAUAUUAAUAUUACCAAGAUUUAAUGAUGAUAAUACGAUGCAAAGUGUUACCAGGGGUAAAUUAAAGGUCCAAGAAGUUUCUAAUACCGUUAAUGCUACUACUGUUAGAAUCACUAAAGCAAGCAAAAGAAAAGCCUUGGCUAGUAUUGGUAAAGGUAAUGUCGAAUUUGAGGAUGCAGGUACUGGAUCACAACAAGAAUUCGUUGAUGCUUCUGCUACAACAAAAGGAAAGGAAAACUAA